AUGGGUCCUUUCAAAGAGAAACCACUGCCAAUUUUAAAUUGUUCCCCUUUAGGUCUAGUUAGUAAGAAAACAGAGGGUGAGUACCGUAUGAUCCAUCAUUUGUCAUAUCCGGAAGGUGAGUCUGUCAAUGAUGGCAUACCCGAGGAAGAGUCAUUUGUUCAAUACUCUUCUGUAGAGGAUGCUAUUCAAAACAUUAAGCAGUGUGGGAAAGGAUCAUAUUGUUGCAAAACAGAUAUUUCUAAUGCAUUUCGAAUUAUCAACUUACAUGCAUCACAGUUUGAAUACUUUGGUUUCACUUGGCAAGGUCAUUGGUAUUUUGACACAUGUCUUCAGAUGGGUUGCAGUUCUUCCUGUCGUAUAUUUGAAAGGUUUAGUACAGCACUUCAGUGGAUUGCACAAGAAAAAUUAGGAAUUAAAUUUAUGACUCAUGUAUUAGAUGAUUUUCUAAUUGUUGACAAAUCUGCGACAGAGUGCCACAAAAAACUUGUGGCAUUUUUAACAGUUUGCGCCGACAUAGGUGUACCUAUGGCUAAGGAUAAGACAUUUGGUCCUAACAAGGUAAUGACUUUUCUGGGAUAUGAAUUAGACACCGAGAUGAUGGAGGCAAGGUUACCUAUUGAUAAAGUUAAAAAAUGUAGAGAUACAAUUGAACAGCUUUUACCAAGCAGAAAGAUUACUUUGAAGGACAUGCAGUCAGUGAUUGGUCUUCUUAAUUUUGCGUGUAAUGUAGUCUUGCCAGGUAGAGCGUUCUUAAGGCGACUUAUCAACACUACUAUUGGCAUUACAAAAGCAUAUUAUCGCAUUAGACUAAACAAAGAAGUAAAAGCAGAUUUAUGUACUUGGUUAGCCUUCUUGGAAAAAUUUAAUGGUAGGUCGGUUUUCUUACCAGAUAGGUGGGUUGAUUCCAAUGAAUUAAAACUGUAUACAGACGCUUCAGGAUCUAUAGGAUACGGGGCAGUGUUAGCUAGGCAUCUGGGUACCAAGGAAAAUAUUCUAUGUGAUUGCUUGUCUCGUUUGAAGGUGCAGCAGUUCCAUCAACUUGCUCCUUGGAUGGACAAAGAACCAACGGUGAUUCCCAAUCUGCCAACAUUACCUCCUUAG